AUGUCUCAGACUCUCAUUCUUCUUCUCAUCGCUUGGCCGUCAGUCUCGCUGUUCCUGUCGAUAAUUUUCCUCAUGGCUGCGAUGUUGCACGCAGUGUUAACACCUAGCGUGGUCUGGCUCCGGACUAUAGUAGGGCUGGAACUCAUGUUAUGGAUAUGGGCCUUGCCUGCCUUCAUAUUUUGCACUUUACCCGUGCGAAUGCCGCAAGGUGAUCAUGAAGCGACCCCACUUAGCCAAAGCACGCCCACUGUAUCACUGCAUGGCUCUCGCAGCGCAUUGAUUGUAUCUGGAAAUGAGGAGAGUCCAGUCGUCAGUCCCGGCACCGCCCACUAUGAUAGGUUAACUGGGAGCAACUCCGGUGUUGAGAAGUAA